CAACGGCGAGAGUAUUCGAACGUACAUUUGUACUUUACAAUCGCAGAACUAUUUACUUUUAUAAACCUCGUAAACAUGUUAUAAAAAUUCGUUCUUUUCGUAGUACCAAUACUAGACGUUAUACAAAUUCGUCGGGUGAUUUACCUACUGGGAAUAAUUCUCCGUUAAAACCAAAGGAUAACAAUAAAAACAACGUAGCUACUUCAAAUACUGGGAAGGAAACUCCUUCUUCAACGGCUACCAAAGAAGAGACUGAAAGUAUUCAAACUCCCGAGGAAUGUCAGUCUCAACCAUCUUCUGACAAUACAACCGAACAUGUAGCUGAAUACAUUUUACGCUCUCCAACUAGACGAAAACGUUCUAUUACUCGUUCUCGCACACGCGCGUCAAAAUCUUCAAACUCUUACAAACCAGUUAUACCUCAAUUGUUUUUGAAUGAGAAUUAUCUAUCAAUUAAAAAUAAUUCACAUUCUUUUGCAAAAAUGAGUUACCCUUUAGAGGAUGGAAUACGUGAUGAAAUUUUAUAUAGUGCACGUGCAAAUCUUUUUCCUGUUCCAAAGGGCAAUGGAGCACCUGCUCGGCGUGGCCACUUAUUAUUAAAUUGUCCAAUUGAAGGUGCUUCUUAUUAUUUGGAUUCCAUUGUAAAAAGUGUUGCCGCUUCUUUACACUCUGAUUUGCUGACUUUCGAUCGCCAAGAUUUAAUGGAAUUGACUGCAA